ACGAACGAGGAUACGCGAGUCCCAGAAUUUCGAUCUUCGACGUGAGAAAAAUAGGAAAAAAGAGAUAGGACAGGAAGAAGAAGAAGAAAAGAAAACGAGAACCAAUUCUAACGAAAAUAGUGAAGUGUGGAUGUGGUGUCCGUGCAACAGUGGUGGAAGGUGGUUGUGGACGACAGCAACAAAAGUGCAGGUGUCGUUGUUUGUUAUUCUUGUUUUUGUCGUGGUUGUUUGUUGAUUGUUGUAUUCUUGGUGAGCAGUGGUGACGCGGUGCGCGCUGCUCGUUCGUCCACGUUGUUACGAUGGUUUCCACGUCCUUUGUAACUUUGGUGUUCUUCGUCUGCCUGCAAACGAUUCUACUCUCCACUGUGAGCAACUGCGCAAAGACGAUCAGCAUGUACUGGAACACCACCAAUUCCAUAUUUCGAAUAGACAACACAGAUCACAUAAUAGACGUGAACAAGAACAACGCGGCGUUCGAGUACGAUCAAGUGAACAUAAUAUGUCCUGUGUACCAGCCAGGGACGUAUGACGAGGACGCGGAGAAGUAUAUUAUUUACAACGUGUCUAAAGAGGAAUACGAAACAUGUCGGAUAACGAAUCCAAAUCCACGGGUGAUAGCAGUUUGCAACAACCCGUAUAAGACCAUGUACUUCACGAUCACCUUCAGGCCGUUCACACCGCAACCUGAAGGCUUAGAGUUCCUGCCAGGCCACGAUUACUAUUUCAUCAGCACUUCGUCCAAGGACGACCUUCAUAAACGCAUCGGUGGACGAUGCACCAGUAACAACAUGAAGGUGGUCUUCAAGGUGUGCUGCCGCAACGAGGCUGACACCUCGUCGUCAUCGGCCACAUCGCGCAACAAUUCCGUAGCUGUAACCAGCAGCACCGUGCCAAGCAGCAGCUCGACCAGCACCGCAGUUUUGGGUGGAGGAGCCGUCGGAAUACCACCCCCGCCACCACCGAGCGUCGUCAAGAACGGCGGCCCAGAUCGAUUCUACCCAGGGGGCAGCAUUCAUCAUCAUCACGAUCAUCAUCAACCGGCCACGGCGGCGCCGACCCUGCCCCACGUACCCCCUCCGGCCAUCUACCCUGUGCAUCCGCAUCAGCCUCCGAUUCACAAUGGACCGCCGUCCUCCUCGCCGCCCAAGACCUCGAUCGGCCAGAAGAAGAAGAACAAGGAAUAUUCGGACCAUCCGAACGAAGUUGUGAAGAACGAAGAAUUGACCUACAACGGGGCGAGUUCCAGCCGUGUUCAAGAUCGGUACUACCAGCUGGUGAUGGUGUUGACGGGAAGCUUGUUUAUCAGCGCGAUCAUGCCGCAAUUAUUACGGUGAAGCGACAACACUACCGACGAGAACGUAUAUCCCAUACGUCGAAACCCCUUUUUCUGUGAUUAUCCUACGUUUAAUUAAUUUCUUGAGGCACGCGUGCGCGCGCGCUCGCGUGGCCGCCCCUCAAUCGUGAAAAAUAAAUGAAAAAUAAAACGCGCACGAUUUAUGGUCGGACUGCCUCGAGAGAGAAAGAGAACGAGAAAAUUUAAUCGGGAAGGAAGAAAGACAAAAACGAACAACAAUGGUUUAGAGAAAAAAGAAAAAUUAAAUGAAAAUAAAAGAGAAUGCGAGUUAUAAGAAGAACGAAGAGUUGGCAGAAAUAAUAAAAAAGAAAAUAAACGUAUGUCAAAUGUCAAGAGAAGAGACACGCACGACACACGAGCAGCAACGCCAUAUUGAAACUAUUCGAAAACGAAGAACGAAGACGUAGAUAGUAAGAUUACAAAGACGAAGAAAGACGAAAAGAGGAGAAACGCUACUAUUAGACACUAUUAUAGUAUGCCCACUAUUAUCACUACUAUAAAUGGUAGUCGUAUUGGUUGUCCUUCUUAUCAUUACGCUAAUUCUAGGUAUUUAUUGGAAAUACGAAGAAAGAGAACGAAGUCGUGGACAGCGUGCUAAAUAUCCUCGAGCGAGGCAUACGCUACAUAGUGAAUAAAUACGUCCGUCAAAGAGAAACGCGAAAGUUCUUUCGUUUAAAUAUCAUAACCUCGCGCGUGAGGAUUUCAAAUGAUAAUAUCGUACGACUGACAUCGACGUUGAUUGGCGAACGGUCCUCUGUCAUCUAUGCCUCGAUUGCUUGAGAAUUAAUAUCGUACUUGAAAAGUCAAACGAUUAAGUUAACUUAGAAACUUAUAUGUAUAUAGAGAACCAAUUACUUACUAGGUUAGUAUGAUUUAAAACUUGCCAUCUUAGUAGAUGUAUCACUUAGCACUCAUUUUUCUGUUAAUAUUUUCAGUAUCACGUCCGCGCAAAUGUAGAUACGUCAUUUGUUUAACUGAAGAUUUCAGAUCAAUCACGUGACUUAUUGCGAUAAUCGAAUCAAACGUUAAUUCGCGAUUAGUCGCGAUGGUCGCGCCAAUAUUCGGAUCGAAAUCUAUCGAAGGAAACAGUCAUGGCGGAGGGUCGUUCGGGUUGCGUAAACAGACGCGAACAGGAUAAUUAGCACGCGUGUAAAUAAAUUCCUAAUGAAUAUGUACAAGUGGCUCUUGCCUCGUCUUCGGGGCAGAGGAAUUUAAGAGAGUGCCGUAUACUAGGUAAAAUCUUAUAUAUGACACACGGAAGAGUGCGAUACAGCGUGAAUGAAAAUUCCGAGUGUGACAGAGUAUGACGUGUGUGGGUGUAUUGCGAGGCGUAUGGAACAUUCGUGAACUCAAAGAUCGCCCAUUUGGAUAGGACACAAAACUGUGUAAGGUGCGAUAAACUUUUGUAAGUUCCGCCCGCGGUUCUCGCAAUCGUGACACUUUCGCGAACACGUGAAGUAUUGUCGGCGAAGAAAUUCGAAAAUUCCUCUCUUCGACCGAGUUCGUUGAAGGGAAAUGGCGAACGAACGAACGAACGAAAGUAUGGUAUGUAAUGCGUGAGAGAGACUGAUCGCGGAGCGAACGAAAUAAAAAUUUUUGUAUCAUAGUUGUACCAUACCGAACUUUAUCUAUAGAUCUGUAUUAUAUUUAUUAUCCGCUAUCAUUACGCUACGAAUAAUCACACUCGAUAUUCUAUAUUUACUAGUAAAAAAUAUCAAAUUUAAUAGCGAAUAAAUUGCGUAUUCGGCGGGGUAAUGAUAAAAGAAACGACAUGAUGCGAGCAAAACGAUGAAUUCUCGACCCCUGUCAUCAUCGGAUCUGCCAUUUGUUGUUUCCUUCUAUUUUCUUUAAUUUUCUUCGUGCUGUAUUGCUCGGAAACGUCGAACGCGUGCGUUCGAGUGCUUAUUUCGACGUGUGCUCGCUACUUCAAUAAAUUGGCCGUGCGAUGGUCGGUUUCAUUUCGUCGAUUUCGGUAUCGUCUUUUGUGCUAUGUACAUCGUUCUUUUCAAUUGUCCCUAUGAUUCUCCUGUUUCUUUUUUUUUUUUUUUAUACUCUAUUUAUUGUUCACCGCCACGCAGAUUUCGUUUCCAUCCGCGUACUGACGAACGUACGCGCAUGCAAAUCGCAUUUAUUUGUAAAACGUACGGGAUUACAUGUAUACAUGCACAGUGGUCACGAUCGUUACACGCGAUCCCGCUCUGAUUUGUCGCGUACGUCGAUAACGACUCCCUCUUCGCUAACGUUCAAGCUCUGUUCACGCUGCGAUCGCAGCCGAUUUUCGUUACGAACGCCCAUAAUGUAUAUUGUACGCGUAUCCUGUACGUAUUCGUAAGCUCAUGUUUCACUCGAUCACGAUCACGAUCACGAUCACGGAUCCAUAUUUCUAUCGAUCACACAAUUUUACCAUAAUCACACGACAAACGUCAACUAUGUGUCUCGGAUUUUAUCGCGCGGAAUACAUUGUACCGGCAGUUAAUUAUAUAGUGCGCGCGCAUCUUGCGCAUGUCGCGUAUCGUAUCGUAUAAACGUAACUUGUAAUCUUUAAAAUUGCGUUCCCGCCAAUACAUUCGACGAUUGGCCGCACGGCUACGAUGGCGCUAUUUUAUUGCUUGUGUACUUACACAAUUCUUAUUUACGCGCAUUUCAUCUUCCAGAAUGCAAAAUUAUCGUUUUUGCGUCCGACGUCUAGUUUGACGAUCGACCAAUUAUAAUAUACCAAACGUAUCUACCGAUUCUGUAUCAGCGAUACGAACAACACGGCGAAUAUAAUUACAUACAACCUGAUCUUAAAAAUGGAUCCGUGAGCACCAGUGUGAAUGGAGCUUAAUAAGUGCACAUAGUUGUUUCCGCGCGCGUAAAAAUGCACACACAGCGGCCGAAGAGCGUUCGAGGCUCGAGGAUGCGAAGGGAAGAUACAACAACGAGCAAAUGAUCGUUUCACGUUGGCCACGGGAAAAAGAGUUCGACCGAACGGCAACUAGAGUAACGAAUUAUUGUAAAUACGAAUAUGCGGAGAGAAUUACGUAUUGUAUAAGGCAGAGCGAAAGAAUGUAAGAAAGAUUAAUGAGAGCGCAAGGGAGAGAGAGAGAGAGAGAAAAAGAGACCCCAAUUCCGAAUCGUAGAUAAUAAAGAAAAGAUGUAUUCUGAUGGCUGCUCGAUUGACCGACUCGUUUUCAUCGUUCAUUGAUGGUUCAUCGUCCUUAAUUAUACGCGACAAUUAAAAUGGAAAUCAAUGACCACGAUCAGCCGGGAAUGUUGAGGGAAACGAUGGAAAUUAAAUGCGUGUAUAAUGUUAUCCAUUACAGUAUUGUAAGCCUAAGUAUUACAUGCCUCCGAUCCACGUCUGUUUGUCUGUCUGUCCGUUCGUCUGUCUACAGUUUGUACUUUUUACCCAUGUGUUAACCGCAAUAGCAAUUUCGUACACGUACGAGCGAUCGAUUACGAGAAAGCAGUUCGCGACGAUACCUGCGAUUCCACGAUUCUUAGCAUGUAGAUUUCUCACAAAUGAUCAUAUUUUCGUUUCGUUAACUAUAGCUGCUACGAUGACAGUUUCUUUUAGUUUCUCUCUAGUCGUUUUCGUUCGCACACACAUGUAUACACGUGGAAUUGUUUGUGAGCCGCUGAUCAACCCGCAAAACGAAACCCAAAGACAAUCACCUGCACCAUUGUAAGGAAAAGCGUUCGAAGCGCCUCCGCGUAGAUCAGUCGUCAACUAUAGCGUCACGAUAUCAUUUAGAUAUAUACGAUUCGUUAACCCUGUCACACGAAGUAGAAGUAAUUUAACACAUGAUUGUACAAAACGUUUCUCGUACAAGUUCGCUUUGCGGGUCUCAGAGGAUAUUACAUACAGUAACGUACAUUUGUAAAGGGACGCAAAUAGUAGAGUGCGUUUACGUUUCGAUCGGCAUGAUCGACGAUCCAUGUAACGGUUGCACACACGUCUUGAAUCGUGGAUGUAUCGAUAGAACUGCUCCGGGCGGCGAAUUAUCGAUCGACUCGAAUUAAUCGAAUUAAUCAGAGCCAGCAUGAAAGCCCGUAAUCAAUUAAACAUAAAUGCAAUAGCAAUGCAGCAAAGUUACAUAGAUCCAAUGUGAAUGGUACUCAUUCUUACGGACGAUAGAUGAAUACAGUAUAACAAUAAUAUAGACUCGAACUAUCGAUAGAAAAUAGACAAGGUCACUCACUGCAA